AUGAUGGUUAGGGCGGCUACCGUUUCUUUAGAAAACACUGAAGAAGGUUUGUGCGUCGUUAUAUGUAUUGCUAAGGCCCAUAGUGGAGAUAACACAUCCAUUUUUGCCAGAGAGAUCGAUGAAGAUGGCUGCGGCGUGGGUGAACCUUUUCGUUUAGCCCAGAGCGCUCUUAAAUACCUCUGGAAGAACGAAGAAGUCGAAGAAGAAAAAAUUAGUUUCGGUUCAAUGGUCAGAUAUAUGCAAGUCGGAGAUUUUUAUCUCUUUCGAAAGAACACAAAGCGUCGACGACAGGAUACAGAUAAGAUCCUCAUGGACCUAAGCUUUGAUGAUGGUGCUUAUAGAGGCAUAAAAGAUGCAUUUCCUAAGGCAAAUAUAGCGCCUAAGGGUUCAAAAGGGAUCUACCAAAAUUGCAAACCUAGGCAAUCCUUGUGCCUCAUCAGCUUGAAAUAUGGUACCAUUGCAAAUGAGAGAAUAAUAUUUAGAACAAAACUUGGUGAGCAUGUGAACCUGAGACUAAAUUGUAGAGAAAAUCUUGUGCUCACCACUGCACCUGUCAGACUGCAACUCAGUGUGAGUAAUGAUGAUGAUGAUGUUGGAGAGGUGGCUCUUGUGAAUAUGAGGGAACCUGAAAGUGAAGUGAGGAGCCCUACUUAUCAGGCUGUUUGCGAGGGCCUUAUUCUUAGGCUGAGGCCCAAGGAGAUCUCAAUUGACGAGGAACCCGUUAAAAUUGAGGACAAGGCUGGAUAUCUCUCUUGGGUCCCAGGAAAUGUCACAUUUGAUACUGGAAAUACAGUAGGGACUGCCAUUUCCAAUAAACUGGUAGGUAGCUUGGAUCUGAAACCUGAUAACACUAAGAAGAAGAAGGUCACAAUACCAGGAGGUACAAUUCUGCAGUGUUGUACAGUACCAAUUAAAAUUAUUAUAAGAGGGCAGAAAUUUAAUGUUAAUGCCUUAGUUGGUGCUGUUGCUCCACCCACUGAUCUGCUGAUUGGGACGGAUGUUAUGCAAAAAUUGGGCGAUAAAGGUUAUUCUCUCAAAUUAACAUAA